UCGUUCCAACAUUAUCCAGGUGUUGUUUACUAUUAUUUCAUAGAGUUUUUUUAGCAUUAUGCCUUGUUAAUAAAAACCGAGCUUUCGGAUAGUAUUUUGAUGUUUUAAAGCGAGUAAAUGCAAGCCCAACGUAUAAUUAUAAUACACCCAGGAUCUUUGUAUUUAAGGAUUGGAAGAGCUUCCGAUCUUAAUCCCAUUACGAUUUUGCAUGCAGUGGCACAUCUGCGGCGUGGAAAUAAAAACUCGCAAAAUCAUAAGGAUGCGCUUCUGCCGAACGUACAGAGCUCAGCUGAAACAAUUGCUGAGUUCGAGGAACAGAGACUGCAAGUCUCCCAUUCUAUACAAUCAUAUGCACCACUUCGUGAGCCACAUGAACGAAGUGCUAAACGUUUGCGCGUUGCUACACCACCACAACAAAUAGCAACUUUUAACAGGCGAAGUGUUCCGGAGGAUCUGCCGCUCUCAGAUGACGAGGACUCUGAAGCCAUAAAGCAUGAAAUGAGGGACACUCGCAAAAAAGAUGAAUUACUUUUCGAUAAAGACAUUUUGUCUUUACGAGAAGAGGAGUCCGUGGAAUACAAUAUUCAUUUUCCACUGCGGCGAGGGGAAUUUAAUCUACAUAAAUAUGUGGGUGGCUCUACCGCAGCGGUGAUAUCUCAUAUGGAAACAAUUUGGUUAUAUGCUUUACGAAAGCAUUUGAAUAUUAGCGCUGGUACUUUGCCACACUACAGUGCUGUAUUGGUUAUACCAGACGUCUACAACCGUAGUCAUCUACGUGAAUUAACCACAUUGCUAUUACAACGUUUACGUUUUCGCUCGUGUUUUUUAUUACAAGAUCAUGUGGCAGCCACUUUUGGCGCGGGGCUCAGCUAUGCGUGUGUUGUUGAUAUUGGAGAUCAAAAGUGCUCGAUAUCUUGUGUGGAGGAUGGUAUUAGUCAUCCAGAAACACGAGUGCGUCUUUCUUAUGGGGGAGGUGAUGUUACGCAAGUUUUUUUAAAUCUGCUUCGUAAAUGUGGUUUUCCUUACAAAGAUUGUAAUGUAGAAACAGACUAUUCAGAUGCCGCGCUAUUAAUGGAUUUAAAGGAACGUUUCUGCCAUCUUACCUUGGAUGUGUGUGGAGCCCAGGAGAGAAACUUUGAGGUAAAGAAAGCAAAUAAAAAAAUGCGUUAUACUUUGCAAAUAGGCGACGAAUGUGUGGUUGCGCCUCUAUCCCUUUUUCAUACAGAAUUAUUAAAUAUAACAACCAAAACGAAGCAGGCAAACGUUCAACUACGAAGUAGUCAACAACCAGAUCCAGAAGACUGCUUUGAUGCCGAGUAUAUACGCGAAACAGGACGUCGAAAUGGUGGGCGUGACCAAUUGUUGGAAGGAGCACUACCAUCGACGGGUGAAGUUGCUGAGGACGAUUUGGUUGUAGACGAUGUUGUGGAACGUGAUGUUAAUGUGAAAACUGGUGAUAAGGAUGAGCUUUUAUAUAUGUUUAAUGGUCAAAUUUUGCCUCUAGAUCAUGCUAUAGUACGCAGCAUUGAACGUUGUUCAACAGAAGAGAUUAAGCGUAAAAUGUACAGCUGUAUACUACUUGUUGGUGGCAGCACUAAAUUUGCUGGAUUUGCUAAAUGGCUAGAACAACGUGUUAUGCUGCAAUUAGCGGCCAUAUCGACAGCAUCUUCAUCAUUUGAAGUGAAUGCUUUUAGCAAGGAAAUGGAUGCAGGUAUGAUAGCUUGGAAAGGUGCAGCAAUAAUGUCAUGCUUGGAAAGCGCACCAGAGUUAUGGAUAUUUGGUGGAGAAUGGGAAAAGUAUGGCUUGCGCGUAUUGCGUGAAAAAGCUCCGUUUAUUUGGUGAAUUGGGGGCACAGCUGAAUAUUUUGCGAUGAUAUUGAAUUUUAAUAAUAAAAUAGUUCGGAACACA